AUGUCGCAACGAAACCGCAGCGGCCGCGGCUCGAACCGCAACAACGGCGGAGCACAUGGCGAGGAAGCCACCAUAUGGGAGUCGGCUAAAAACUCUUUCCAGGAUCUCAUAAACGGCAUCAACGCCGACAACGACAACCUGGACCAGCUGGUCGGCCUGGACAAGCAGGCCGGCACAAUGGAUUCCGACAGCGUGCCCACCGACAUGAUGAAGCAGAUGGAACAUCUCUGCCGCUCCGGCGUCAAGUUCUCCGAGAACAACAUCGCCGCCGCCAAGAAUCUCAUGGAGCAGCUGAAGCUGGUGCGUGCCGUGGUGGUUGCAAAGGAGCAGGCCGAGGCCGCAACAACCGGUCCGUCCAAGAGAUCCACUACAAGAGACAGCGCUGCAGCUGCCUCUCUCUACGAUUUCGACGGUGCUGGCGACUCCCCCGUGCCCAGCCCCAUGGCGAGUGCUUCCCGAAAGCAUGGUGAUCGGAGCAGCAAUCGUGAUAGGGACAGCAUCCCGCCCAAGGCAGAUAGCGUCGAGCCUCCCGGGUCCAUAAGCGGUGCCGGCGGAGCUCCUGGCUCUCUAAACAAGUCCAAGAUUCUCUUCUCAAAGGGAGACGAGGUAGCGUUCAAACCCAAGGCCGUCAACGGUGAUCAGACGUCCGACUGGAUACUAGGCGAAGUGGCGCAGGUGCUCGGCGAAGGAAAGAGUCGGCGGUACAAGGUCAUCGACAUUGAGCCGGACGACCAAAGCAAACAAAAAGAAUACCGAUCCAGCGCCAGCAGCAUGAUUCCUAUUACAGCAGAAAGCCAGUCCAGCACCCUCAAGGACUACGAAGCCGGCCAUAUAGUACUUGCCCUUUAUCCCCAGACGACGACGUUCUACAAAGCCGAGGUUCACAGCAUGGCGUCUAACGGCAAGGUUGACCUCAAAUUCGAAGGGGAAAACGAUUCAACCACCCUGCAGCAGGUAGAGCGACGAUAUGUUAUCGAAUAUCGACCUUAG